AUGGUUGUUUCAAAGGUAUGGGGAGAGCUGAAAAGGAACUCAUUGGUUGUAAAUAAUGAAUGCUUAGUUGGAAUUGAUGAUCAUCUUGAAGAAAUGAUGAGAUUGUUGAGUGUUAAUAUUAGUGAUGUAAGGAUUGUGGAAAUCCAUGGCAUGGGAGGAAUUGGCAAGACCACUAUUGCCAAGGUCAUCUACAACCAACUCUCCCAACAGAAUUUUGAAAUCUGUUGCUUCCUUGUAGAUGUUAGAGAAGCAGCACAACAACCCAAUGGUCUUGUUAAUUUGCAAAAUCAACUUAUAUCUACCAUCUUAAAAUGGAGAUGUGCUGACAUUAGUACUAUGGAUGAAGGAAUUAAUGUAAUCGAAGAUCGAUUUUCUGGGAAGAAAGUUCUUGUUGUCAUUGAUGAUGUCGAUCAAAGAAUUCAACUUCAUGCACAUGUGGGAAAGUGUGAUUGGUUUGGUUCAAGAAGUAGGAUAAUUGUCACAACUAGAAACAAAGAGAUUUUAAAUAUCCCUGAGAGAAAAGCAGUGUGGAAUGAGACAUUGAAGAAGUUGAAGAGAAUACAAGAUGGACAAGUCCAGAAGAAGCUGAGAAUAAAAAAUGGAAUUGAAGUUCUUCUUCUCAUGUCCCUGGUGAAAACUGGGGACAACAAUGAGCUAAGGAUGCACGAUCAGCUUAGAGACAUUGACAGGGAUAUUGUCUAUCAAGAAAAUUUCAAGGAGCCAGGGGAGCGUAAUAGGGUGUGGUUGCAUGAUGAAGCCUUCGACAUAUUGGAGACUCAUACAAGUGCAAGAAAGUUGAAAGUUCUAAAUCUCACGAGUUGCAAGUACAUGGUUAGAACUCCUGACUUCUCGGCAUAUGCAACUUUAGAAAGGUUGAUUCUUAAAGGUUGUGAGAAUUUGGUUCAUAUUGACCCAUCAAUUAGGUAUCUCAAGAGUCUAGUUUUCUUAAAUGUGAAUUAUUGUUUUCUAGUCCAAAAUCUGCCUCUGGAAUUUGAUUCUAUUGGUAAAGGUGCUAUGAAGAAGCUUAAAACUCUUAGUGCCAAUCAUUGUGGGUCACUAACUCAAAUUUCCAACUCAAUCGGUCAGCUCGAAUCUCUGUUGGACCUAUCAUUUGAUGAUAACUCAUGUAUCACUGAACUACCAAACUCAAUUGGUUUGCUAGUGAAAUUGCAACGCUUGUCACUAAGGAACUGA